CGCGUGAUGGCUAAAGCAGUUUGCGGAUUAAGGGAGGUCACUAGUUUGAAACUUCAUUCCAGCAGUUGUAAUAAGUAUAUUUUUUAGCUGGGCCUUGCCAGCCCAAGGGGGUGCAGCCAACCUCCUUUGGGUGGCUGUGGCUCCACCACUGUACAUAAUAGAGAGGUUCGACAUAAGGCGUCUGGCGGAUCAAGAUAAUCGAUGAGAAGAGGACACGAAGUUUGUGGUCCUUGGCUUGAUGGUUCUGUUCGCACCUUGAACAAUGUUAGGCAUAUUCCCGAGAUGACUAAGAAUCUGAUAUCUUUGAGUCUACUCGACGACAAGGGUUUCAGUUUCAAAGGUGAAGGUGGAGUGUUAUCUGUCUACAAGGGUUCUAAGAUGAUUUUGAAAGGUGUCAAGGUUGGUGCCUUGUAUGGUCUACAAGGUUGUGUUUUGACAUGUUCUGUUGGUGAUAAGUGCACCAAGCUGGUUCUGAAUCGCAACUCUCAACGUGGGUUGGAUUUGCGGAAUGUUUUGGUUUGUUGACCGCACUUUGGGGCAUUUGGAAGUAGGGGAGAUUCUGGUACAACUGAUUUGGAGGAGUUUGGUACAUCUGGCAACUUUGGUUGCGUCUGGUACAUCUGGUAUUUGACAGAGAAUUCAAGUCAAGGUGGAGAUUGUCAGGAUAUGACUUGAAUUUGAUUUGGGUUUGUUUGGUGUUUUGAGCCUAUUUUGUUUGGGUUUGUGUUUGGGCUUUGUUUUGGCAUUUUCCUUUAUAGGUUAGGAAAAUGUGUUUGGUUUUCUUUUUGGGAUUAGGAGAAGAGUUCUAUGAAUACUCCUCAUCACCCUAGUCUGUAGUAAGGUCAGUUAGGUUAGUUUGUUUGGUUUGUCUGUUCCGGAAUUUGGUUUGUAACCUGUACUCUCCUCAAAGCAGUGAAAUUUGUUCUCCCCUGCCCGUAGAUUAGCUAGCACAAAUUGUGUAAGUGAACCACGUUAAAUUUGUGUUUGUUCGUGUUGAUUUUGAUUAUCGAUUGCACACUUCUGUUCUGACAAAAACAAUACCAUUGCAUAAAUAAAUCAAUACCAUUAUGAAAAACAAACUAUACCCUUUCAUAAAACAAAACAAUGAACCAAUACUAAAACAAAAAAUUACCAAAUCUAGAGAGAUAGGGAGGGAAGGAGACCAUCAUCAUCUCACCCCUCCACCAUAAGCGUUUUAGAGAGAGAGAGAGAGACCGCACCGGUGGUCGGGGGUAGCCAGAGGGGACGAUGGUCGUUGCGGUGGACGAGGGUGGCCGAGGGGAGGGGCUGGUGUAGAUGGAAGAAUUGGGAAUUCCGCAACUUUAAAAAGAAGGAUUUUUUGGGGCUACCUUACUUGGAUUUUCGAUCAAGUUUUAUGCCGCGUGGGAUUAGUGCGACGGAGUGGUGGGGACGGCUGCGGCAGGUUUAGCUGGAAGGAGGGUAGAACUAAGGUUUGAGUGGAUUAUAUAGAAUAAUCGGGUAUGGUCACUUAUUCAUUUCCAAUAUUACCCUAAAAGAAUCUUGACCAUAAAAUUUUUAAAAAAGGAAAAAUAUAAAAUCCAAUGUUAUGUAAAGAAGUUUACACCGUAAUUACUAAAAAACAAGUAAUCACCCUAACGUGCUAACAUAUUCCCAUCUUCUAAUGAUCUACCGGUGAUUUUUGGCAAAUCAUCAAAACAAAGAAAUUAGCAAAUUAUGUUUUUUUGUUUUGUCAUGAUUAAUUGAUGCAACGCAAUCAUUAACAACCAUGGUGUGGACAUAACACGAACAAACGGACACGUGGAGAAGAACGGGCGAUCGAACUUAGUGGCUAGAGCUGUAAACAACUAUGGGAGUGUUUGGCUUAAAUACGGAAAAAACUUUCAUAAUCACGAGAUUAAGCGACUGGGGCCCACCAGUCUGUCAACAAGACGAGAUAGCCCCACGUGUCCUCUCAUAGUGCCAUUGUGUUCUGUAACCCAACAAAAACAAAAGGCUGCAGCCACUAGAUAAGCUCGAUCUCUCCCUCUUUUUAUCCAGACUCCACCACGCAACAGCUGGUGGGCCGGGAGACCGAGCCCGCGGUUUGAGGUAAAGUCAGCUUCAGUUGGGCCCGUCCAGACGCUAGCUGUUAUCGUGUUUUUUGUGGUAAUUGAUGUGCCCAAUAAGGUACUGGUGGUGGGCCUGCAUCGGUUGUUUUCACAACCAGAACCAGUACUGAAGGAUCAAUAAGUGGAUUAGUUCAUGAAGAUCUUUUUUUUUGGUUGAGUCCAGGAGAGGGUAAUACGUCGAAUCGAUAUGUCAAAUAGGUAGGGCUGAAAAUUGGCCCGACCCGCUCCUGGCCUUGUUUUGAUCUUGUUUUAUUUGCACUUGAAGGGUCAAGAUGUAUAACUGACAUGUUUCGCCACUGUUUUUUUCAUGAUCUUGUCUGACUCUUUAGGGUCGGGGCGGGUCAGGAAGGGUCGGGUCAAUGGGUCGACCCUAAUAAAUACACUACUUUUCUAAAAAUUGUCUGACUCUUUAGGGUCGGGGCGGGUCAGGAAGGGUCGGGUCAAUGGGUCGACCCUAAUAAAUACACUACUUUUCUAAAAAUUAUAAUUUGAUAUCCAAAUUUAUUAAUUCUUUAGUACCUAAAAUUUAUUUUUUUACAAAUAAGUCCCAAAUAUUUGAUGGUAAAAUUACAUUUUGGUACCCAAAUUUUGUUUUUUACAAUUUAGUUCCUGAACUUUUAAAACUCUACAAAUAGGUGCCACGUGUAUGUAUGAUGUUAAGGGUCAUAGGGUCGAAAAGUGACCCGAUCCUACCCGAUCCUGACUCGACCCGAAGCUGACACGACCCAAAGCUGACCCUGUAGACAAAUAGACCUAGACUCGGUAUCACUCGAUCGAUUGAAUUAUUUUUUUCAUAAUUUAAGGAAGUUUGGAAUGGUUUUCUAGUUGAUUGAGUGUUGAGUUCAUGAGUUACAUCCAAUUCGUAAAUAACUGGGUCGAGUGCGUGUUGAGAGGAUGUUAAUUUUAUUUUUAAUUCUUGUGACGUGCAGUGAACCAAUUCAUAAAAUCAAGUAAAGAGAGUAAGAGAUACGCGGAUCGAUUCAGUUGUUUUGGUAGUAGAUCACACUUUAGCUUGGACGAGUCUUCAAUUAGUUUGUUAAAAGUACCAAUGUAACGAUGAGACUAUUUUGCAAAUUAGCCCCCAUAAUUUUAUGAUGAUCUAGACAUUUGAGUUUUGACCUUUAAGAAAUCUCAGCAAGCAGUCAACACUCAACACCCAACCCAUAAACUUGUAUGGUUAACAUUUACCAAUAGACAAUAGUCAUAUGGGCUUGCUAGUCACUCGUGCAGAUCUAGUGGUCCAAAAGAUCACAACUCACAAGGAAAUCUAGAAAACGAAACUAGAGAUGGGAAAGCUAGCCAGAUGGCUACAACUUAUUAAAGGACACUAGUACAUUACCAUAAAUAAUCGAUACGCCUGAUGGCCGUGAUAUUGAAAGAAAGCCAGGUGGCACCAGCCCAUUUGCUAGUUGGCGGAAGAUCUUUGUUUCAAUGUCAGCUAGCAAGCCUUGUUUCCAUAUUUGAUAUUACGUGGCAAGUGAAUUUAUUAUUAAUUAGGAGAACUAGCUGGCUGAGAUGCUGACCUGGACAAUACAGCGAUGCACGGCUGGAGGCCUGGAAUAGUUCCUUCCAUUAAUUACCGCUAGGUAGCACUUAAUUUUCCAUAGAACUCGCGUGGAAAACAAGUAAAUUCGAAGCGAAAAGAGUUGCCGGAAAUGCGUGUGACGGGUUGGGUUAACGAUGACCUGGAUUUCGGCUGGCUGUGUAGUUGGGUUAAUGAUGUCCAUCAAGUGGGUAAUUAAUUAUGGAUGCAUUAAUUAGGAUUUCAAAGUCGGCAACAAAUGCGUAAUACGAAC